CUUCCUUUUUGGCUCUGUCUCUCCGUACGUUACUCAAUCUCUCUAUCGGCCUUUUCCCGUUCUGUCACUUAACUAAUCAGCGAAGAAGUAUUAUCAUCCUCGUUCACUAACUGAUCGGAGAUCGGAGAUCGGAGAGGAGGAAUUCCCUGUUCACUCACUGGCCACUGGAUAAAGAGUUAUUUCAUUCACAACAGAUGGAGGGUGACCUUCGAAUUUCUCAGAAAUGGGGUUCUCCUACAGAUAGUGAUGAAGCGAAGUAUGUCUCCGGGCUUAGUACAUUACUGGUUGCUACAAUUCAGGAAGCAAAAGAUAGAAUUUCUCAAAUUGAAGACAUAUUUUGCAGUCAUCUCUUCCCAACUUUUCAAUCGAAAUCAGAACUUCUGCAGAAGUUAUAUUCCAACGCUCGAAGGGCUGCAUAUAGUGAAUAUAAAGAGAAGGAAAGUGAGCUUCAAUUGGAGCUCAAACAAAAGAACGAAGAAGUAGUUAAAGGGAAUGAGCUGAGAGAAAAUUUACUCAAAAAGAUCGAAUCAAAAGACAAGGAGAUGGUGAAUUAUGAGCAGCGGUUGCACGAUCAAGAAAUAGAGAAACAAGUACUAGUAGCCAAACUGGAAAGUUUGGAAGAAAACUUUUGUGAGUUUCAAAAGGAGCUAGGUCCACAGAUUGAAGAAAUUGAGGAAAAGAGGUUGCAAAAUCUGAAAUUAAAUCUGAAUGGCUCUGAAUUAUCAAAGCUGUUGGAUGAAAGUGAGAAAGAGAAAAAACUUCUUCUGGAGAAAAUAAACGGUUUAGAAGAGACAGUUAAUGAACUACAGGUACAGCUUAGAGGCAGGACAAGUGAAAUGACUGAGGUUAAGGAUUUGUAUCACAAGUCACUUGAACAAAAUCAAACAAAUUCCUCUGAGUUACUGACUGAGAAGAAAAAAAGAAGGGACGUCAUUGAUGCUUACAAAAGGCUUAAAUCUCAGUUUAAUUUUUUGUGUUCAAAGUUUGGUGUUACUAGGGAAAGUUUGUCCUCCCAACAUAAAUUACAAGAUGCAGCUGAUUCAUUGACGCCUAAUCUAGAUCAAAGAACUUCCCCCAAUCAUGGAGUGAGGUUUUAUCUGUUGCCUGCAGUUCUUGAUGACAAAAAUCAAGAUACUUCUGGAGCUGCGUGUGACAUCAAUGUGAAGAAUGAAAUCACUGUCAACAAUAAUUUGGAGGAUUUGAAAGGGGACACACCACUUCAAUCAGUGAGCUGCCCCUCUCCUACUCGCACUUUCCCUAUCUCACCUAAUUGUCCUGUCGCUGUGAAAUCAGCCCCAUUAAUAGGCCGAAAGCGGCCUGCUUCUUCCUGGAGAGAAACUAGGUCUCAUCAAGGUCAAAAAGGGCCUGACCCACAUGAUGAUUUUCUCGAUACUCCUUUGGAGAACAUCAGAGGAAACCUAAACAAAUCCACAAGGGAAGAGGAACUUUGCAAUGCCCCUGUUCCAAGUUCAAAAGACAUGAUUGUUGAUUUUUCAGAUGAUGAGACGCAGGAUAUGACUGCUGAUCUUAUUCAACAAAAGCAGCAUCAGAUACCACUUCCAAAUACUGGGGAUAAAGGUUUCAAAUUUGUGGAGCCUGUAAGAAAGAAAGCCGAGCGGGAGAAUUUGAAAGGAGUUGAAUGCAAGCAAUGUAAGAAGUUCUAUGACGCUGUUCUUUGCAAUGAUAAAGGCGAUAAUGCUAAUCAUAAUUUUCGCUGUGAACACCAUGAUGGUGUUUCUAGGCAUCGGUACAAGUAUGUUCCUCCUAUGACCCCUGAAGGAUUUUGGAAUAUUGGAUUUGAGUCAGAAAUGUAAAUUCUUAAAAGAACUUCUAUUUGAGCGGCAAAUGGCUUUAAUAUGACAAAUUAAUUUUUCUAGCUUCAUGGGAAUUAGGGAAUAGGAUUCAUGUACCUCCUACCAGUACCGGGUACUUAUCUGAAUGAGUGAAACUAUUUCACCUGUUCUUAACCCCC